AGUAGCAACAAGAUACACUUCCAAUUAGAUGAUUUUUUUACUGUUAUCUUCACAGUUGCUUCUUGUAUCAUCAUCCAUUGAUGUAAUGUUAAAUAAAUGUUCAUGUACUAUAUUGUUGUUGUAACAGUGAUGUGUAGUUGCAAGGGUUGUGCUAUCUGAAUGGUAUGUUACUUAUGGUAUGUCAGUGACCCAUGUAGGUGUGUGGUAGCAAGUUGCCAUCUGCACACCCUGUGUCUGGAAGUGUUAGAAGUGUAGAAAACAUUGUCUUAAAGCUCCCAUGUAGGUGGUGUUUCUCAAGUGCUCAUGUUGUAUUUUCAGAUGCUCCUCACUGUUGAGAGUCAAGUGUUGAUGGGACAACUCUGUCUGCCUUUAUGGCUCUAUUAAGUCCCCUUAUUCACACAAAAAUUGUGUGUAUUGUUAAGAUGUGUUGGUGAUUUGACAAUUGAAAAGUAAUAUUCUGAUUAUGGGAGAUAAUGCAUUAUCUGGUCUGACAGUAGUAAUUAAGGGAGAUAAUGCUAUGGAUGGAUUGUUUAAUAAGGAAGUCUGUAUUAUAUUCUAUUGAAGCAAAAUUAAAGAAACAGUUUCUGUAAAAUGGCGUUUUGUGAGAACAAUGAAAUGGUUUACAUGAAGGAACCAGCAUGUGGCACCCUGUACAUCACAGUAGAUGAAACCUUCUAUACCUACACCUUCAGCAACAAGAUUCAGCUUAAGGUGUCACUGACAAGUCUUGGUUGUCUGGGGCUGGGCAGGGAUUCUUCUGUCCAGCAUGACCCAGCAGCAGGUCACUUGCUGAAGCUGGAGAAUGAUGACGACAUGGAGACCGAAUCUUUCAGAGACUUAGAACCUGUGAAUGGAGGAAGAGAUGAGAUGGCUACAGACCUGGUUUUACACUCACCUCCUGGUACUAGCUUGAUGGAUAUUUUAUUGAAAGAAAACAAAAAAGUUGGAAGCCCCAACAAGGAAGCUGAUAUAUUAAUUGGUAGAGGUACAACUACAGUUGUAGAUCCCGACCAGUCCAGAGAAAGUAAUUGUGAGAAUAGUAAAAGAAAUGACAUCAAAUCUGUGAAAACUAGUUAUAACAAAUUGAAAAAUGAUGGGCAUUCUGUGAAGAAACGAAGAAAAAAGUCUCCCAGUGUGUUGUCAGCUAGUGACAGAGAUGGAGGGCUGGAUGAAGCAAAGUGUAGCGCCAAGCUACAGGUAGCCUAUGAGGUUACAUGUCAGUUUUGUCUGAAAGUUUUCCAAAACCAGCAAGACUUCUACAACCACAAAAAAACUCCCAGAACAGAAUCCUACAGGUGUCUGGUCUGUCUAAAGCAGUUCCCCUUCAAAGCUUUUCUCCAAGCCCACACCAAGGUGUGCCACACUGUGCGGGGUGAAAACCACGCUGAGGCUUGUACGUGUGAUGUGUGUGGGGCCGACGUCAAGAACAUGUUUGCUUUAAAGAAACAUCUGAUGUUCCACACCGAGGAAUACCUAUACCAGUGUUGCACCUGCGGUAAACAGUUUGUAGAGUCUGGCACCCUGAACAAUCACAUGACCACCCACAAGUCUGGGGGGAUGAUACGCUGCAAGUGUUGUGACAAGCUGUUUGCCAGCAGGGGGGCGCUGGCCAAGCACAAGCUGGCCCUGAUGGAGGUCAAGUGCCACCUGUGUGGCCAGACUUUCCCCAAUAAAACCAGCCGGACGGAGCACUACAAGACAUUCCACCAGAGCGACAUCCUCAGGUGUUCUCAGUGCAGCAGCAUGUUCUCCUCUCAGGAGGAGCUCUCUGUCCACAUGAAGAAGCACCAAACCUACAAGAAGAAGCAGUGCCCGACCUGCGGGAAAUUAUUCUCCAGGCUGGAGAAACAUGUUAUCACCCACAAGUCCAAGGCGGACAUUGAUGAGAGUGAGAUGUUUGUGUGCGACAAGUGCCCCAGGAAGUUCUCCAACAGAUCCUCUUUUCAGAGACAUUUAAGCAUCCACAGCAUGGACAAGCCUUACCAGUGUCCACAGUGCACCAGGACAUUUGCUGACUGCGGGGUGCUCCGCAAGCACCUGCGCAGGCAUUCAGCAUUGACGCCCUACCAGUGCGAGGUGUGUGGCAAGAACUUCAAGGAGCUUGGCAACCUCAACGUCCACAUGCGCAUCCACUCCGACACCAAGCAGUUCCCCUGUCCCCACUGCCCGCAGGCUUUCAAAUACAAGAGCUCUCUGGAUGGUCACCUGCGGUCCAGACACCCACAGGUGGUGCCCACACCAGUGUGUGUUGGGCCAGAAGCUCAUGGACCCCUGCAGUAUGACAUGCAACCUGAGACACUCCCGCCUGGCCUCAGCCUCAACCCACUAGAACAGGAAACACACCCUGGGUAUGACCUUGACCCCCGACUUAACCAAAUAGUCCAGGACCCCCACCAAGGCUAUGAGAACGGACCUGGUUGUGUUGGUAGGCUUGAAGCAGAACAGUUCUAUAACCACUUCACACAAGCGACAUUGGGCAAACAAGAAGAAAAGCCAGGAUUUAGUGCUGAUAGUUUACUGGCCAAGUCCCUGUAUGGUGAUGCUAUGAUGGGAGCGGUUAGGUUGGCAGAUGAUGGCUCAAUGAAACAGGUUCUAUUUCCUAUCAAUGUGACCUCUCUAGACCUGGCACCUACCACUGGCUCCUCCAUGAAUUCAAGCCUCUUCUAGGAUACUCUCUGAUCAUGUUAAUAGAAUAGAUCAUUUAUAUGUUAAUCCCUUGAUUAAUUGAUUAGAAAUGUGAAGAUUAUAAGUACCAAAAGAUGCGAGCAUGCAAAUAUCUGUGUGUGUGUGAUUGUGGUGGAUUUUUUUUGUAAAUUUUAAAUGAUUAAAUGUGAUUGUGUUAUUUGAUUGUUUCUCCUUUCAAUCUUUGUUUAGAUGUGCUAUAAGUUGAUCACAAAAAUCAAUCAUUCAAUUUUAAAAUACAACAGGAACACUUGUCUAUUAUUUAUUUGUGUUAAUGAUGUUCUCUCCCUUAUGUAAGCUGAACAAUGCAUCUUGUUAGAUAAUGUUAGGUCGACUCUUCUUUUUUUUUUACCUUCAAGUGUUCCUGUUGUAUUUUCAGAU